GCGCCGCCGCUUCUAAACCCUACCUGAGCUUAAUUCAAGCGCGCUUCUUUGAAUCUGAACCCUAGUUCCUCAUCCUGCUUGGGUCCAGGCCGUGGAUCUCUGAUCUCCGUCGCGGUUGCCGGCGAAGGAGGCGAUCGGGGUUCUAUUUGACCAGAUCUCGUUAUCUGGUGUUUCAGAGAUGAAUGCUAGUUUCUCAACAAUAUGCAGGCGUGUGGGUCUGCGGGACCUAGUCUCAUGUGCCCCUGUGUACACUGGUGCUAGUGAGGAAUCUGGAGGGCUGAGCUUGGUAUUCCGAAGAUGGGCCACCAAAAAGACUGCUGGUUCUACCAAGAAUGGCCGUGACUCCAACCCAAAGAAUCUUGGUGUGAAGAAGUUUGGUGGAGAGAGAGUGAUACCUGGUAACAUUAUUGUUCGUCAACGAGGCACCAGAUUUCAUCCUGGGGAUUAUGUUGGCAUGGGAAAAGAUCACACUCUGUUUGCCCUAAAAGAAGGGCAAGUGCGGUUUGAACGCCACAAACUGAGUGGUCGCAAGUGGGUCCAUGUCGAUCCAAAGGAAGGUCACAUAGUUCAUCCCCUUUAUACGACUGUUGCAGCCGAAGCUGCUUGAUGAACCCAAUUGUGUGCUAGUUAGGAGAUUUGUUUUGGGAUCAGGUGACUUUAGCUUGGAAAAUAAGUACAUCCUCAUGUUACUAGUCUAUCUGAUGCACCUACAGAACCUAAAUUUGUACAUUUAUUGUAUGACGCUCCUUUGCGAAAGUUUACUUUUGAGAUUUUUGGUAAAAUGAUAAUGCAAACUGAGAGUCAGUGAAUGGCUUCACUGGUUAGUGGUGAACUUUUGUACUCUAUUUCAGCAGCAUCUAGAUGCAUUUUUGCAUCUUGUAUAUGAUGCGCAACCA